AUGUCAUCUCCGUCACCGUCACUGUCACCGGAAUCUUCAUCGAUCCUUCUAGAAGACUUCGGUCAAAAAGUCGAUUUAACACGCCGAAUCCGAGAAGUUCUCUUAAACUACCCCGAAGGCACCACAGUCCUCAAAGAGCUAAUCCAAAACGCAGACGAUGCUGGCGCCACCGUGGUCCGUCUCUGCCUCGACCGGCGCCGCCACUCCACCACCUCACUCCUCUCUCCUUCUCUCUCUCCAUUCCAAGGCCCUUCUCUCCUCUCCUACAACGAUGCUGUUUUCACCGAAGAGGAUUUUACUUCGAUUUCGCGUAUUGGUGAUAGUGUUAAGCAUAAUCAAGCUACUAAAACGGGCCGGUUUGGUGUUGGUUUCAAUUCUGUGUAUCAUUUGACGGAUUUGCCCUCUUUUGUAAGUGGGAAUUACAUUGUUAUGUUUGAUCCUCAAGGUUCUUAUUUGCCUAAUGUCAAUUCUUCCAAUCCUGGUAAGCGUAUUGAUUUUGUAAGCACUAAAGCAAUGUCAUUUUACAGAGAUCAGUUUGAGCCUUAUGUUGUGUUUGGUUGUGAUAUGGAGAGUCAGUUUUCGGGUACAUUGUUUCGGUUCCCAUUGCGGGAUUCGAAUCAAGCGAAAAAUAGUAAGUUGUCAAGGCAGGCGUACGCGGAAAAUGAUGUGGUUUUGAUGUUUGAACAGUUGUAUAAAGAAGGGGUGUUUUCGUUGUUGUUUUUGAAGAAUGUUUUUUGUGUUGAAAUGUUUGUUUGGGAUGAGGGCAAUGUGGGACCGAGGAAAUUGUAUUCGUGUUGUGUUGGGAAUUUGAGUGAUGAGGUUCUGUGGCAUCGGAAGGCGAUUAUGAGAAUGUCGAAGGAAUUGGAGAGUGGGGGAGAGGGGGAGGUGAUGAGGGAUGGGUAUUUGGUGGAGUUUGAGAGUGAGGAGGUUGUUGGUGAUGGUGGGAGUGAAGUGAAGAAGAGGAGUGAUAGAUUUUAUGUUGUGCAAAGUAUGGGGUCGGGGAAGAGUAGGAUUGGGGGAUUUGCAGCUACUGCAUCAAAAGAUUAUGAUAUUCAUUUGUUACCGUGGGCAUCUGUUGCGGCUUGCUUAUCUGAUGGUUUGUCUAAUAAUGAUGAGCUGAAGCUUGGUCGGGCAUUCUGUUUUCUUCCACUCCCUGUAAGAACUGGAUUGAAUGUGCAAGUUAAUGGAUAUUUUGAGGUUUCUUCAAAUCGUCGUGGCAUUUGGUAUGGAGCUGACAUGGACAAGAGUGGUAAAAUUCGAUCCGUCUGGAAUAGGCUUCUUUUAGAAGAUGUUGUGGCUCCUGCUUAUAGAUAUUUGCUGCUUGGUGUGCAACAAUUUUUAGGACCAACAGAUUCUUACCACUCUCUAUGGCCCACUGGUUCUUUUGAAGAGCCAUGGAGCAUUUUAGUUGAGCAUAUAUACAAAAGAAUUAGUGAUGCACCAGUAUUGCAUUCAGAUGUUGAAGGAGGAAAAUGGUUGAUGCCAGUUGAAGCCUUCCUUCAUGACGAGGAGUUCCCUAAAAGCAAGGAACUUGGUGAGGCCCUACUGCAGCUAGGAAUGCCUGUUGUCCAUUUGUCCAAUGUUUUAUAUAGUAUGAUUCUGAAAUAUGCUUCUGCUUUUCAGCAGAAAGUGGUUACUCCUGAUACAGUACGUCGUUUUCUCGGGCAGUGUAAAAGUGUUGGGCUGCUGAACAAGUCUUACAGGCUUGUAUUGUUGGAAUAUUGUCUUGAAGACUUAAUUGAUGCUGAAGUUGAUAAGCAUGCAAGCAACUUGCCACUGCUUCCUUUGGCAAAUGGUGACUUUGGAUUACUGUCUGAAGCCUCCAAAGGGAGCUCGUUUUUCAUUUGCAAUGAUUUAGAGUACAUGCUACUUCAACAAAUUUCAGAUAAAAUAAUUGAUCGUGAUAUUCCUCCUAACUUGCUACUUAGACUUUCUGCCAUUGCGAAGUCAUCAAAAUCAAAUAUUGCCGUAUUCAGUAUUCAGUAUUUUCUCAACUUUUUCCCUAAAUUUGUACCAACCGACUGGAGAUAUAAAAGCAAGGUUUUGUGGAACCCAGAGUCUUCUAAUGAUCAUCCGACAUCAUCAUGGUUUGGGUUGUUUUGGCAAUAUCUUCGAGGUCAUUGUGAAAAUUUAUCCUUGUUUGGAGAUUGGCCCAUCUUGCCAUCCACAACUGGACAUCUGUACAGACCUUCUAUUCAAUCGAAACUAAUCAAUGCAGAUAAGCUUCCUGUCUUGAUCCGAGACAUCCUAGUUAAGAUUGGAUGCAAGAUACUCAAUCCUGCUUAUGGAGUUGAACAUCCAAAUUUGUCGCUUUAUGUAAGUGAUGCUGAUUGUGCAGGGGUAUUGGAAUCAAUUUUUGAUGUUGUGUCUUCAGAUGGUGGCCUAGCACAAGCUUCAUUUGACAAUUUGAGGGCUGAAGACAGAGAUGAGCUUCGUAGGUUUCUUCUUGCUCCAAAAUGGUACAUGGGAGACUGCAUUGAUGGUACUAUCAUACGAAAUUGCAUGAGGCUUCCCAUUUAUAGAGUUCAUGGUGAAGGAUCUGUUGAAGCUGCCCUUUUCUCUGAUUUAGAAAAUCCUCGAAAGUACUUAACUCCUUUAGAAGUUCCUGAGAAUUUUUUGGGCUGUGAGUUUAUUGUAAGCUCCUCAAAUAUUGAAGAAGAUAUUUUGUUAAGAUAUUAUGGAGUUGAGAGAAUGGGGAAGGCACACUUCUACAGGCAGCGGGUAUUCAAUAAUGUUAGAAUAAUGCAACCUGAAGUUCGAGACAGAACUAUGCUUUCUGUUCUGCAAAACUUGCCACAACUUUGCAUUGAGGAUGCAUCUUUCCGCGAAUGCUUGAGAAAUUUGGAAUUUUUGCCAACCUUGAGUGGUGCUCUGAAGCAUCCAGCAGUGUUAUAUGAUCCUCGUAACGAAGAGUUACGUGCUUUAUUAGAUGAAUCUGAUAGCUUCCCUUGCAGUGCUUUCCAAGAGCCUAACAUUUUGGACAUGCUACAGGGCUUGGGUCUCAGGACAUCUGUCUCUCCUGAGACCGUAAUAAAAAGUGCUCGACAAGUGGAACAACUAAUGCACGAUGAUCAACAAAAAGCACAUGCUAGAGGUAAAGUACUUCUAUCCUACUUAGAAGUAAAUGCAAUGAAGUGGCUACCCAACCAAUUAAAUGACGGUCAAAGAGCUAUGAACAGAAUUUUUUCACGAGCUGCAACUUCAUUUAGGCCUCACAGCUUGAAAUCUGACGUUGAAAAGUUCUGGAAUGAUCUGCGGAUGAUUUGUUGGUGUCCAGUAAUGGUUACUGCUCCAUUUGAAAUCUUACCAUGGCCUGUUGUGUCGUCCAUGGUUGCUCCUCCAAAGCUUGUAAGAUUACAGAUGGACUUAUGGCUUGUUUCAGCUAGUAUGAGGAUACUAGAUGGAGAAUGCUCUUCCACAGCAUUAUCAUACAAUCUUGGAUGGUUAUCUCCACCUGGAGGAAGUGCUAUUGCUGCCCAAUUACUAGAGCUUGGAAAGAAUAAUGAGAUCGUGAACAAUCAGGUGCUUCGGCAGGAGUUAGCCUUGGAAAUGCCAAAGAUAUACUCAAUAAUGACAAGCUUGAUUGGUUCGGAUGAUAUGGAUGUUGUGAAGGCUGUUCUUGAAGGAUCUCGUUGGAUAUGGGUGGGAGAUGGUUUCGCUACUGCAGAUGAGGUUGUUCUCGAUGGUCCUCUUCAUUUGGUUCCUUAUGUACGUGUUAUACCCAUGGACCUGGCUGUUUUCAAAGAAUUAUUUCUGGAGCUUGGUAUUCGAGAAUAUUUUAAGCCCAUGGAUUAUGCAAAUAUUUUGGGCAGAAUGGCUGUGAGAAAAGGUUCCUCUCCUCUGGAUGCACGGGAAAUUAGGGCAGCCAUACUGAUUGUUCAGCAUCUGGCUGAAGUCCAGUUUCAUGAACAAGUGAAGAUCUAUUUACCAGACGUUUCGGGAAGAUUAUUCCCUGCCACAGAUCUAGUUUAUAAUGAUGCCCCCUGGUUGCUUGGCUCAGACGAUUCUGAUAGUUCUUUUGGGGGUGCAUCUACCGUAGCCUUAAAUGCGAAGAGAGCAGUUCAUAAAUUUGUCCAUGGGAAUAUCUCCAAUGAAGUGGCAGAGAAGCUAGGUGUCUGCUCACUUCGUAGGAUCUUGCUUGCUGAGAGUUCUGAUUCAAUGAACUUGAGUUUAUCUGGUGCUGCUGAAGCAUUUGGACAGCAUGAAGCAUUAACAACGAGACUUAAACAUAUACUUGAGAUGUAUGCUGAUGGGCCUGGGAUUCUUUUUGAGCUGAUUCAGAAUGCUGAGGAUGCUGGAGCUUCGGAGGUGACAUUCCUUUUGGAUAAAACUCAGUAUGGUACCUCAUCUGUUCUCUCUCCUGAAAUGGCUGAUUGGCAAGGUCCUGCAUUGUACUGUUUCAACAACUCAGUGUUCAGUCCACAAGAUCUUUAUGCUAUCUCGCGUAUUGGUCAAGAAAGCAAACUAGAAAAGCCUUUUGCAAUUGGAAGAUUUGGGCUUGGAUUUAAUUGUGUUUAUCAUUUUACAGAUAUUCCAACAUUUGUUUCUGGGGAAAAUGUUGUUAUGUUUGACCCUCAUGCCUCUAAUUUGCCUGGCAUUUCUCCUUCUCACCCUGGGUUACGAAUUAAGUUUGCAGGAAGAAAGAUUUUGGAACAAUUUCCAGAUCAGUUUUCUCCAUUUCUACACUUUGGAUGUGACUUGCAGCAUCCAUUUCCUGGCACCCUCUUCCGUUUCCCCCUUAGAAGUUCGACUGUUGCUAUGCGUAGCCUGAUCAAGAAAGAAGGAUAUACAGCAGAAGAUGUCAUGUCCCUCUUUGCUUCUUUUUCUGGGGUUGUUUCUGAUGCGUUGCUUUUUCUGCGCAAUGUGAAAAGUAUCUCCCUUUUUGUGAAGGAAGGGAACGGUUUUGAAAUGCAACUCCUACAUUGUGUGCAACGAAAUUGCAUUGUUGAGCCUGAAAUGGAAUCAGGUGCUGUGAAUGAUAUGUUUAGCAUUGUCAAUGGAAGUCAAUAUAGUGGACUGGAUAAAGAUCAGUUGCUGAAAAGAUUGAGCAAGUCCAUAGAUAAAAAUCUGCCUCAUAAAUGUCAGAAGAUUGUGGUGACAGAGCAAAACUCAUCUGGUGUCAUGUCUCACUGUUGGAUAACUGGUGAAUGCUUAGGCAGUGGUGGUGCUAAGAGCUUCUCUGCAGCAGUUAAUGACAAAUCUCAUAAAUCAAUUCCUUGGGCUCGUGUUGCUGCAUAUAUACACUCUGUGAAGAAUUUUGAAGGCCGUGCCUUCUGCUUUUUGCCACUUCCUAUCAGUACUGGUCUUCCAGCUCAUAUUAAUUCUUACUUUGAAUUGUCAUCCAACCGGAGAGACAUCUGGUUUGGUAACGACAUGGCAGGGGGUGGAAAGAAAAGAUCAGACUGGAAUAUUUACAUCCUUGAAGAUGUUGCUGCCCCUGCUUAUGGUUACUUGCUAGAGAAAAUUGCAUCAGAGAUUGGCCCAUGUGAUUUAUUCUUUUCAUAUUGGCCGGUGGAAACAGGAUUAGAACCUUGGGCAUCAAUGGUGCGGAAGCUAUACAUUUUUAUUGCUGAAUCUGGUCUUCGUGUAUUGUUUACAAAAGCUAGAGGAGGCCAGUGGAUAUCAGCCAAACAAGCGCUAUUUCCUGAUUUUACAUUUCAUAAGGUACAUGAGCUUGUAGAAGCAUUAUCAGCUGCUGGUCUACCUCUGGUGACUGUUUCCCAGCCACUUGUAGAGCGAUUUAUGCAGGCUUGCUCCUCAUUGAACUUUCUGACUCCUCCGUUUUUAAUGACUGUGUUGAUUCGGCGGAGACGUGGAUUUAAGGACAGAGGUGGCAUGAUUUUGACCCUUGAAUAUUGCUUGCUUGAUUUACAAGCUCCUGUGCAGGCUGAUAGUUUGUAUGGUUUACCACUAUUACCUCUAGCUGAUGGUUCAUUUGCAACAUUUGAAAAGAAUGGGACUGGUGAAAGAAUUUAUAUUGCCCAGGGGGAUGAAUAUGGCCUUCUCAAGGAUUCAGUUCCCCACCAACUUGUGGAUCGUGAAAUUCCAGAAGCUGUUUAUGGAAAGCUAUGUGAUUUAGCUGCAAGUGAGAAAUCAAAUAUUUCUUUUUUGUCUUGCAGUUUGCUCGAAAAGCUAUUUUUGAAAUUACUUCCAGUAGAAUGGCAGCUCUGUAGAAAGGUAGUUUGGAUUCCUGGUUAUCAGGGACAACCAAGUUUAGAAUGGAUAAGAUUGCUGUGGAGCUAUCUAAAUUCAUGUUGUGAUGACCUCUUAAUAUUUGCGAAGUGGCCAAUAUUGCCAGUUGGAGACAAUAUUCUUUUGCAGUUAGUUCCAAAUUCAAAUGUGAUCAAAGAUGAUGGGUGGAGUGAGAACAUGUUGUCUUUGUUACUGAAAGUAGGAUGUUUGUUCUUGAGGCGUGACUUAACAAUAGAACAUCCAAUGCUGGAAACUUUUGUACAGCCUCCAUCAGCAGCUGGCAUAUUAAAUGCAUUUCUGGCAAUUGCUGGUACACCAAAGGACAUUGAGGGGCUUUUUAGUGAUGCAUCAGAAGGGGAGCUCCAUGAAUUACGGAGUUUUGUUCUCCAGUCCAAGUGGUUCUUUGAAGAGCGUAUGAAUGACUUGCAUAUUGAAGUCAUCAAACAUCUUCCUAUGUUUGAGGCAUACAAAAGCAGAAAACUUGUUAGUCUGUGUAAGCCUAACAAAUGGCUCAAACCAAACGGUAUUCGGGAUGAUCUCUUGGAUGAUGAUUUUGUUCGUGCUGAAACUGAGAGAGAGAGAAUUAUUCUAGGCAGGUACUUGGAGAUCAGAGAGCCAUCAAGAGUGGAAUUUUACAAAGUUUAUGUGCUCAAUCGCAUGUCAGAAUUUAUCACACAUCAGGGGGCUCUUACAGCUAUUCUGCACGAUGUGAAGCUUUUGAUUGAAGAUGAUAUUUCCAUCAAAUCUGCACUUUCCAUGACACCUUUUGUUUUGGCAGCCAAUGGAUCAUGGCAACAGCCAUCCAGGCUCUACGAUCCUCGUAUUCCCCAGCUACGUAAGGUGCUCCAUAGAGAAGCCUAUUUUCCUUCUGAUGAAUUCUGUGAUCCUGAAACACUGGAGACACUAGUUGGGCUUGGACUUAAAAAAACUCUGGGUUUUACUGGCUUUCUUGAUUGUGCUAGAUCAGUUUCAAUGUUGCAUGAAUCCAGGGACCCAGAAACAUUUAGUUACGGGAGGAAGUUAGUUACCCUUUUGGACGCUCUCGCAUUUAAGCUCUCAGCUGAGGAGGGAGAAUGCAACUGCAAUGAAUUGCAGAAUACUGUUUUCUGUCAGAACAGCAGUGAUGCAAGCAAUGAUGUUGCGUAUCUUGACUCUUGUGAGGGAGAUGAGGAUCAGUUUAUAGAUGAUCUGGACAUUGACUAUUUCUUAGCCAACGUGAUUGAUGAUAAAACAGAAGAAGAAUUUUGGUCUGAAAUGAAGGCCAUUGCUUGGUGCCCUGUUUGCAUUCAUCCACCUCUAGAAGGACUGCCAUGGUUAAAUUCUAAUAUCCAAGUAGCAUCACCGAGCAAAGUGAGACCUAAAUCACAAAUGUGGGUGGUUUCUUGCACGAUGCAUGUACUUGAUGGUGAAUGUGACUCCCUGUAUCUACAACGCAAACUUGGUUGGAUGGAAUGUCCAGACAUAAAUGCCUUAACUAAGCAAUUGAUUGAGCUAUCCAGGUCCUAUGAGCAGGUUAAGCUGCAUUCUUCUGUUGGGCUUGAUUUUAAUGAUGCAGUGCAGAAGGGAAUUCUGGCACUGUAUUCCAGAUUACAAGAAUAUGUUGGGACUGAUGAUUUCACACUGCUGAUUUCAGCUCUAAAUGGGGUUUCUUGGGUUUGGAUUGGCGAUGAUUUUGUACCCCCAUAUGUACUCGCAUUUGAUUCACCGGUUAAAUUUACACCAUACUUGUAUGUUGUUCCAUCAGAGUUAUCGGAUUUUAGAGAAUUGCUCUUGGGAUUAGGUGUGAGACUUAGUUUUGAUAUUUGGGAUUACUUUCAUGUUCUGCAGCGUUUAAAAAAUAAUGUGAAAGGCUUUCCCUUAUCAACUGAUCAGAUAAGUUUUGUUCAUUGUGUCCUUGAGGCUAUUGCAGACUGUUUCUCGGACAAGCCUAUGUUUGAGGCUUCUAAUUCGGCAUUGCUGAUUCCAGAUUCUUCUGGAGUUCUGAUGUUUGCUGGGGAUCUUCUUUACAAUGAUGCACCAUGGAUAGAAAACAACAGUCUGAUUGGGAAGCAUUUUGUACAUCCAUGCGUAAGCAAUGAUCUGGCAAACAGACUGGGGGUGAAAUCACUUCGAUGCCUCUCUUUGGUAGACGAUGAUAUGACUAAAGAUCUGCCAUGCAUGGACUACACAAAAUUAAAUGAACUUCUGGCAUUGUAUGGAAACAAUGAUUUUUUGUUGUUUGACCUUCUUGAGGUGGCAGAUUGCUGCAAAGCUAAGAAACUACACUUGAUAUUUGACAAGAGGGAGCAUCCUCGGCAGUCUUUGCUGCAACACAAUUUAGGUGAAUUUCAAGGGCCUGCUCUAGUUGCCAUUUUGGAAGGUGUCAGCUUGAAUAGAGAGGAAGUAAGCAGCCUUCAGCUUCUCCCUCCAUGGAGACUUCGGGGGGAUACAGUUAAUUAUGGGUUAGGACUUCUUAGCUGUUACUUCCUAUGUAAUCUUCUGUCCAUUGUUUCUGGUGGCUACUUCUAUAUGUUUGAUCCUUGUGGUUUAGCACUUGGGACACCUUCAAGUCAUGAUCCAACAGCAAAAAUGUUUUCUUUGGCAGGUACUAAUUUGACUGAGCGAUUUUGUGAUCAAUUUACGCCUAUGUUGAUUGGUCAAGAUAUGCCAUGGUCAUCAUUAGAUUCUACCAUUAUCCGCAUGCCUCUGUCAUCAGAAUGUCUUAACGAUGGAGUUGAACUGGGAUUGAAGAGAGUAAAGCAAAUAUUUGAUCGAUUUAUGGAGCAUGCAUCCAGAACACUCAUUUUCAUAAAGUCAGUUUUGGAGGUGUCUCUCUCAACGUGGGAUGAAGGAAGUGCAAAACCUUGCCAGGACUAUUCAGUUUCUGUUGAUUUAUCAUCUGCUACCAUGAGAAAUCCAUUUUUGGAAAAGAAGUGGAGGAAAUUUCAAAUAUCAAGGUUAUUUAGUAGCUCAAAUGCUGCAGUUAAAUUGCAUGUGAUAGAUGUGAGUUUAUGCCAAGGAUCUACUAAAGUUGUUGACCGGUGGCUUGUUGUGCUCAGCCUGGGUUCUGGGCAAACAAGGAAUAUGGCUCUUGAUAGGCGAUAUCUCGCGUACAACUUGACUCCUGUUGCUGGAGUUGCAGCACAUAUUUCAAGAGACGGACGUCCUGCUGAUCUAUAUCCAAAAAGCUCUGUCAUGUCCCCUCUUCCUUUAUCUUGCAGUAUAACUCUACCUAUAACUGUCCUUGGAUGCUUCCUUGUGCGCCAUAAUGGCGGUCGUUCUCUCUUUAAGUACCAGAACAAUGUAGCUUCAGAAGCUCAGGCAGGUGCUGGAGAUCAGUUGAUCGAAGCUUGGAACAGAGAAUUGAUGGCUUGUGUUCGUGAUUCCUACAUUGAAUUGGUGGUGGAAAUGCAAAAGUUAAGAAAAGAAACUUUGACUUCUACUAUUGAAUCAAGUACAGCCCGUGCAAUUUCUCUGUCUCUUAGGGCAUAUGGCGAUCUAAUCUAUUCCUUCUGGCCAAGGUCUACUGGGCUUGCACCAGUUAAUCAACCUGGAGAUGCUAGUGCUUUAGUAUCAAUGGAAGUGCUGAAAGCGGAUUGGGAAUGCCUGAUUGAAGAAGUAAUAAGGCCAUUCUAUGUUCGUGUUGCUGAUCUUCCUGUGUGGCAGCUGUACUCAGGAAGCUUGGUUAAGUCUGAAGAUGGUAUGUUUCUUUCACAGCCUGGGAAUGGUUUGGGUGGCAGUUUACUUCCAGCUACGGUGUGUGGCUUUGUAAAGGAACAUUAUCCAGUGUUUUCUGUACCAUGGGAGUUAGUAACAGAAAUUCAGGCAGUGGGGGUUACAGUUCGAGAAAUAAAACCUAAAAUGGUCAGGGAUCUUCUAAAGAUUUCAACAACAUCUAUUGUUCUUCGAUCAGUUGAUACCUAUGUUGAUGUUCUUGUGUACUGCUUGUCUGAUAUGGAGUUUUCAAGAUCAUCUAGUUAUGAUGGAGAUGAUACAACAAUGGACUUUAUCAACUCCAAUACUGUGCAUAGAGCAACCCCUGAAGCAAGCAGCAGUUCUGCUUCGGCACUAGUGCCAAAUCUGCAGAGUUUUCACGGCUCAUCUGUUCAGAGUACGGCCAGUUCAGGAGAUGCUCUUGAAAUGAUGACUAGUUUGGGGAAGGCUUUAUUUGAUUUUGGCCGGGGAGUUGUUGAAGAUAUUGGUAGGGCUGGAGGGCCCUUAAUCCAGCAAAAUGCCAAUUCAGAUGGCAUUUAUGCAAACACGGAUCCAAAGAUUCUAUCAAUAGCUGCUGAGCUCAAAGGGUUACCAUGCCCGACUGCAACUAAUCAUUUAGCGAGGUUGGGGGUAACGGAGCUUUGGUUUGGGAACAAGGAUCAACAGGCCUUGAUGGCAUCUUUAGCAGCAAAGUUUAUCCAUCCAAAAGUACUGGAUAGAUCUAUCUUGUUUGAUAUUUUCUCAAAAUGUGCCAUACAAACAUUAUUAAGAUUGAAAUGUAUCUCUCUUCACUUGCUGGCAACUCACAUGAAAUUACUUUUUCAUGAGAACUGGGUGAAUCAUGUAAUGGAAUCAAAUAUGGUUCCAUGGUUUUCAUGGGAGGGUAGUUCGAGUUAUGGUGGUGAAGGGGGUCCUUCUCAUGAAUGGUUAAGGUUGUUCUGGAAGUGUUUUGGCGUGUCUUCCGGAGACAUUUCACUCUUUUCUGAUUGGCCCCUAAUUCCUGCCUUUCUUGGGAGACCCGUCUUAUGCCGUGUAAAGGAGCGUCAUCUGGUCUUUGUUCCCCCUCCUUUUAUAGAUUCAGCCUCUGGAAAUGGUGUUGUGGAUGCAGGUAGCUUAGGAAUUGAUAUGACUGGAUUGUCCACAAAUCACACUCCCGAAUCCGAAUCAAUCCAGUCUUAUGUUGCAGCUUUUGAAGAAGCCAAAAAUAGGCAUCCUUGGCUGUUAUCAUUGCUGAACCAGUGCAACAUACCUAUUUUUGACACUGCUUUUAUGGAAUGUGCUGUUUCAUGCAAUUGUCUCCCUGCACCUAGUCAGUCAUUGGGGGAAGUGGUUGCUUCCAAGCUUGUUGCAGCAAAACAUGCUGGCUAUUUCCCUGAACUUGCAUCCUUUUCAGCUUCAGAUAGAGAUGAACUUUUUACCUUUUUUGCUCAUGAUUUCCUUUCUAAUGGUUCUAAGUACAGAGCAGAAGAACUUGAAGUUUUGCGUUGUUUGCCUAUAUAUAAAACGGUUGUGGGAUCCUUCACACGAUUGCAUGGCCAAGAUCAGUGUAUGAUCUCUUCUAGUUCAUUCCUUAAACCAUCCGAUGAACAUUGUCUUUCUUACACGACAGAUUCAAUUGAGUGUUCAUUAUUACAAGCUCUAGGGGUUCCUGAACUGCAUGAUCAACAGAUUUUGAUGAGGUUUGGAUUGCCUGGUUUUGAAGGCAAACCGCAGUCUGAACAGGAGGAUAUAUUGAUUUAUCUUUACACAAAUUGGCAAGAUCUCCAAGUUGAUUCUUCUUUACUUGAAGUUUUGAGUGAGACUAAGUUUGUAAGGAAUGCAGAUGAAUUUUCCCUGGAUCGCUCUAGGCCGAAGGAUCUGUUUGAUUCUGGUGAUGCUCUAUUAACAUCUGUAUUCACUGGCGAGAGAAAGAAAUUUCCUGGAGAAAGGUUUAGUACUGAUGGGUGGCUUCGCAUUUUAAGAAAGACAGGCCUACGAAGUGCAGCAGAAUCAGAUGUAAUGCUUGAAUGCGCCAAAAGAGUAGAGUUCCUUGGAAGUGAGUGCAAGAAAUCUUCAGGGGAUUUUGAUGAUUUUGGGGCCAGUUUCACUCACUGCCGUGAUGAGGUUACAAUGGAAAUAUGGGCAUUAGCAGGAUCUGUUGUUGAAGCUGUGUUCUCAAACUUUGCUGUCCUUUAUGGCAGUAACUUUUGCAAUCAACUUGGCAAGAUUGCUUGUGUGCCUGCUGAACUAGGAUUUCCAAAUGUUGGUGGGAAGAAAGUGCUUACUUCAUAUAGUGAAGCUAUUGUAUUGAAGGAUUGGCCUUUGGCAUGGAGUUCUUCUCCCAUUAUCUCUAGACAAAAUUUUGUGCCACCUGAGUACUCGUGGGGAGCACUCCAUCUUAGGAGCCCUCCAGCUUUUUGUACUGUCCUAAAGCAUUUGCAGGUGAUUGGAAGAAAUAGUGGUGAAGACACUCUUGCUCACUGGCCAACUGCUGCAGGCAUGAUGACGGUCGAUGAAACUUCUUGUGAAGUGUUGAAGUACCUGGAUAAGGUUUGGAGUUCCCUUUCUUCUUCAGAUAUAGAAAAGUUGCAGAGAGUGGCAUUUCUGCCUGCUGCCAAUGGAACACGCUUGGUCACAGCAAACUCUCUUUUUGUGCGUCUUACCAUCAACCUGUCACCAUUUGCAUUUGAACUUCCUACUUUGUAUCUUCCCUUUGUGAAAGUCCUCAAGGAAGUGGGACUUCAAGAUAUGCUUUCAGUUGCUGCUGCAAAGAAUCUUCUGAAAGAUCUCCAAAAGACAUGUGGAUAUCAGCGUCUAAACCCAAAUGAACUCCGUGCUGUGAUGGAAAUUUUGUUUUUUCUUUGUGACUCGACUGUUGAGGGAAACGUGUCUGAUUGGACGAAUUGGACAUCAGAUGCAAUAGUCCCAGAUGAUGGAUGUAGACUUGUUCAUGCAAAAUCUUGUGUAUAUAUUGAUUCUUAUGGUUCCCGCUAUCUGAAAUGUAUUGACACUUCCAGGUUAAGAUUUGUUCAUGGAGAUCUUCCCGAGAGAAUUUGUAUAGUUUUGGGUAUCAGUAAGCUAUCCGAUGUUGUAAUAGAGGAACUUGACAAGGAAGAUGAUUUGCAGACAUUGGAAAAUAUUGGGUCUGUUUCAGUGGCGCUGAUCAGAGAGAAACUGUUGAGUAGAUCAUUUCAGGGUGCUGUAUGGACUCUUGUAAAUAGCAUAGCCAACUACAUCCCUGCAAGAAAGACAUUACCUUUGGAAACAAUACAAACUUUACUAGAAUCAGUUGCUGAAAAGUUGCAGUUUGUUAAAAUCCUCCAUACUCGUUUUAUGCUUCUCUCAAAGUCUAUGGAUAUCACUCUUGUAGCUAAGGAUUCCAUUGCUCCAGAUUGGGAGACUGGAUCCAAACAUCGUAGUCUUUACUUUAUGAACCGGUCGAAGAACUCUAUUUUCGUGGCUGAACCACCCACCUUUAUAUCUGUUCCUGAUGUUGUUGCAAUUGUUGUAAGCCAGGUUUUAGGCUUGCCUGCCCCAUUGCCUAUAGGAACCCUAUUUUUAUGUCCUGAUGGCUUGGAAACUGCAACUCUCAAUAUUCUGAAACUUUCUUCUGAUAAGAGAGACAUUGAACCCACAAGUAACAAAUUGUUAGGCAAGGAACUACUUCCUCCUGAUGCUGUUCAAGUGCAACUUCACCCAUUAAGACCAUUUUAUAGAGGAGAAAUAGUGGCAUGGCGGUCUCAAAAUGGAGAGAAGUUGAAGUACGGUAGAGUUCCAGAGGAUGUUAGACCAUCUGCUGGCCAAGCACUCUACAGAUUCAAGGUCGAAACUGCAGCAGGGGUGGUAGAGCCUCUUCUUUCUUCACAAGUAUUCUCGUUUAAAAGCAUAUCAAUGGGAAGUGAGGCUUCCUCAGCAACUUUACUUGAUGAUAGUCAUACUGUAUUUGAUAAGAGGAUUGUUAAUGAUGUGCCAGAAAGUUCUGGAAGAGGCAAAACGAAGUCCUCUCAGGGUGGUAAAGAGCUCCAGCAUGGCCGAGUGUCACCUGCAGAACUUAUUCAGGCGGUUCAUGAGAUGCUUUUUGCGGCAGGGAUCAACAUGGAUGCUGAGAAGCAAUCUCUUUUGAAAAGAACAUUGACUCUGCAAGAACAAUUGAACGAGUCUCAGGCAGCACUUGUGGUUGAGCAGGAAAAGGCUGAUGUGGCAGCAAAAGAAGCUGAUACGGCGAAAGCAGCAUGGCUUUGCCGGGUCUGUUUGACCAAUGAAGUUGACAUGAUGAUAGCUCCGUGUGGUCACGUACUUUGUCGCAGAUGCUCCUCUGCUGUUUCCAGGUGUCCAUUUUGCCGGCUUCAGGUCACUAAAACUAUCAGAAUUUUCCGCCCAUAA